UUGUUUUUCUCACUAGAUUUUAUUCGGCAGCCGGAGACCUUCAAACUCGUCCGCUUCGUUGCCCGCAUCACGGAUUGGCCGGAGGAAAGCACAUUUGCCAAGGGUGAACUCCUUCGCAGUUUCGCAGACGAAACGAUGGGCUUCGUCGAAGCAGAAACGGAUCGUAUCCUGGUCUCUACGGGUUUUCCCUAUGGUCUCGAGUCAGUGACUAACUUCCCGGAGCCAGUGGAGUCCUACGUCACGAAGUGUUUGAAAGAACUCGAAACGCAUCAGGAAGAAGAGCUGCUCCGCCGUCGGGACUUUCGUGAUCAGUGUGUUUUUACCAUUGAUCCAAGGACCGCGAGGGAUCUGGACGAUGCCCUGCACGUACGAAUACUAGGGCAGGAGGAAAUUAAAGCACUCGAAGCGAAAGGCGUUCGUGGUGCCAAAUACGAGGUCAGAUUAUGCUCAUGGAUGUGCUCUUUCUCCCUACAAAAGCGCGUUUCUUAUCAUUAUUUUUUCAAUAACUUUUAUUUGAGUUGA